GUUUGUAAACUUGCCUCGGUCCCGGCGGGGGCAGCGACGGCCACGGGGUUGGCACAGUGUGCUGGGGCCUGGAGGAGGCGUCGCGCAGUGGGUGAGACAGCUGGAGGCCGCGCCUGGCAGUUUCAGGUUUCUGAAACAGAUCGUGAACUUCAUCGAGAGAAUUCAGUUGGAAAACGAAGACUGGCACGCUCUUUUUCUUCAGACAAUAGGCAGGAGCCAGGCAGAGUCCAGGAAUUCUUGGAACAUCUACCAUUUACAAGACACUUUUUUGAAGUUCUUUUUGAAGACAAAGGCAGUUCAAUAUGGCAGCAGGACUGAAGGGACAUGAAGGAGUUGUUACAGUGAUUUGGUGACAAUUCUUCAAACAACAGUGUCUUAAGGAAAGGUGGAUCAAGAAACCCUUGAACUUUUGGGUUGCAUUAAGUGAGAAAUCAGCAUGGCUCAGGCAAGUCUCCUGGCUUGUGAAGGCCUAGCAGGUGUGAGUUUGGUUCCCACUGCAGCCAGCAAGAAGAUGAUGCUGAGCCAGAUUGCCAGCAAGCAGGCCGAGAAUGGAGAGCGGGCAGGUAGCCCUGAUGUGCUGAGGUGCUCAAGUCAGGGCCACCGAAAAGACAGCGAUAAGUCCAGGAGCCGCAAAGAUGAAGACAGCUUGGCCGAGACCUCUCAUUCAAAAAAGACAGUUAAAAAGGUGGUGGUGGUAGAACAAAAUGGUUCUUUUCAAGUAAAGAUUCCCAAAAAUUUUGUUUGUGAACACUGCUUUGGAGCCUUUAGGAGCAGUUACCACCUCAAGAGGCACAUCCUUAUUCAUACCGGUGAGAAGCCAUUUGAGUGUGAUGUAUGUGAUAUGCGCUUCAUCCAGAAGUACCACCUUGAGCGUCACAAGCGUGUGCACAGUGGUGAAAAGCCCUACCAGUGUGAACGGUGUCAUCAGUGUUUUUCUCGGACAGAUCGAUUACUCAGACACAAACGGAUGUGCCAAGGGUGCCAGUCCAAGACUUCCGACGGGCAGUUUUCUCUAUAGGCGCAAGGGGCCCUGGGUGGUGGGAGUGAUCAGAAGAAUCUACCGAAGAACGCACCCUCCUCUAGUCUGAUGGUCCCACCACCACCCCAUGUGUACCUGUCCCUUCCUGGAGGAGUGGACCCAGGAGACCAGAAGAGUGCAUCAGGGGACAGCAGCCCCAGGGCCUCAGCUCUGUAAAUAAUCUGAGACUAUGAGUAUCUUGGGGAAGUUCCUACAGCAUUCCUAGGUAGGAAAGCUAGUUCUUGGACCCUUGGCUAAGGUCAUAGGUGGGGGAUUCAAGGUACAGGACCAAGACUGAAGUGUGACUCCCACAACCUUGGACUCCAACUGGCAGCUGAAAUGAAAAAGAUUGGGGAGAGGGAUUUGUUUAUUUGUUUGUCCUGUUCUUGUUUUUGUUUAUCCAAAAGCAAUUUCAGCGGGUGCACUGUGGAUACAGGUAAUCUGGAGGCAUGGUCACAGGGAUCAUGGGUGAUCGAGCCCUCUCCAAAAUUGAGUUUUUGUUGCAAUUGAUCCUCAGUGUUCCACAGCCCUGCCCCUCACCUCCUGUUUGAAGGAGAACAGGAUCAGAGAUGGCAGCUGAGCUUACUUUGGCCUCCUUGUACACUGUAGGGACAAAAGCAAGAAUAGUAGGAGGAGCAGACAGGGGCUAGAUCCAAGAAGAAUGGACAGGUACCUGUUAUUUCCUCUGGGGAAGAGUAAGAGUUGUGCCCGUGAGUGUUGUAAUGGCCCAUGCCACACUGGUACCUAAUGGGAUCAGCCUAAGUGCCUUUUGGAGGAAACUUGGGUGAGAGUGGCUCGUGAAGCCCUUUUCUCUCUCUUUGAGCAGUUGACCUUGGAAAUAGUGUGUGGCUACCUCGCUGCCAUUGAUUCCUAAGCCAAACAGAGGUGUUAAAUGGGGAGUCGUGGAUAUCAAAGUAGUUCUUCCUCCUUAUGCUCUCUUAGGAACCACCCAAGACGAGUCCCAGGUUGAGUAACAACUGUUCAGGAAACAAAGAAAUUUGCGUGUCCCCUGACAUGACUGUUGAGCAGUGUGAGCUGUUCUCUCUGUCCAAGUCCUAUCACUGUAUUCAGGUAGAGGAGAUAGGGAUCUGGCCUUUGGUCCCAAAGAACAAGAUCUUGGCUUCCUUCUUGAUGGCCAUCCCUACCCAACAAAGAAUUGGGGGGAUUGGAGUUGCUGCAGAGAAAGGACUGAGGAAGAAACUAAUGUAGGUUUUAUUCUUAACCAUAUUCUUUGCUCCUCUCUGCUCCAAUACCACCAUCUUAUCGCCCUCAAAAAAGUGAUCAGGUGUGUGUGGUAUGUGAGUGUUCGUGUUUGUGUGCUUGGAGAUGGCAUAUUAUUGAGCCAAACCCUUCUCUGGCCUCUGCACAGGGGAGAAUAAGCAUAAGACAGCCUCCCCCAUCCCAAACCUAAAGGGUGCUUAAGGUUCCAGCAGGAGCUGAGGAACUCAAUUUAGGGAACUGGAGGGCCUUGUCUUGGAGGUUUUUUGUGCUUUUUUGUUUUGUUUUGUUCUUAAGAUUGACUAAACAGACUGGGGUUAGGGUGUUUCUAACCCAAUUCAGGGGCUUGUGAACAUGAAUUUUCUAAAGUGAAAUAAAAAACCCUCUUCCUGCUAAGAAAAAGAUCCUUAUGGAAGGUUCUAGGGCUUGUGGCCUGCGUUCUGUGGCCCGCCCUGACCUGUGAGGUGGCAAGUAAUCAUGGAGACUUGAAAGCUGACCAAGCUGUCAGCGGGGAUCUGAGAUGGCAACCUCUAGGAAGUGUGAUUUCUUUUCCCAGAAAAUGUAGGGAACAGCAGCAACAAAUUCCUGGCUGUUACCUAUUCUGGAAGAAAUAGCAGGGAGGGUGGGGGCAGUCCUCCAUACCUCUGAGGUGGGAGGAUUUCAGGGAAAGAGAAAAGAGGCAUGACACCUUUGGGUUUUCCCUGACAGUACCUGAGGUCCUUUUGGGGAGACUUUGGGAAAUGUGGUUGCUGCUCUUUGCUCUUCUAGCGUUAGGCUUGCACUCCCAUUGGUUGUGCCCAGAACCUGCCCUGUGGUCUCUGUAAGCAGAGCAUCUUUCUGCAUGUGAGCCAGCCCCCUUCCUGUGAGGAUGCUCUGCUCAGGCUGGAAUUUGUCUAUCAUUCACCUUUGGGGAUACAUUCUGGGAAGGAGGAUACUUUUAGAGAACACUAUCCUCCCAAGAGCACUUUUGGAAAUGGGAGGCCUCACUCCCUGCUCCUUGCAGCUAAUCUGUUGUGGGUUGGGGUGGGCAGGUGGAGAAAAUCAUGGAAGUGAUCAGUGCCCCCGUGUGUGCGAAUGUGUGUCUAGGUCAGAAUGUGCCCUUGCCCCCAGCAGGCCUCAGUUUCCUGCUUGAGGGGGUGGGAGAGAGGGAACUAAGUGGAUGUGCAGAGCCAUACCAAAACCACCCCUGCCAACCAUUGGGUGUGAGGGAGACUCAGGAGCAGGUGGUUAGUUCAGUUGUCCAGGUACUGAUGUUCUGGGGCCAUGGAUGUGAAAGGAGUGAUUUAGCGCCCAGGGUGCCCAGGAGCCCCACUUAUACCCCAGGGAAACCACAGACUAAGACCGCUGCAAAGGCUUCUGGGCCCAACACCCCACUCUUCAUUUGCUGGGAUGGGGUCUAGCACUGGAAAGAUGCCUCAGGUGUGUUUGGAGUGAAGGGAAGGGGAGAUGGGGCAGGCUGUCAGAGACCAGGACAUGAAAUUUGGGGACCUGGGAAAGAGUAGCACCACCAGUUCCUGGGUAAGCUGCUAUACCAGGCCCUGCCUGCCCUGCCCUUCCCAGCACCCUGUCUUUUCUGUCCACCCCAACAGCCACUUGUCAUCAUUUAGCUACUGAUUGUGCCCCAUGGCUUGACAUCAGAGGGUUAAAUGAGGCACAGAGUCCUGCCACAACUUUUAACCCUCUCCCCAGGUGUUCUUUGCCUCUGCUCUAGCUCUGGGGCUUUUAUCUUAAUCCCUCCUACCCUUCCUCUCC